AGGUAACUCUUAAAACUCUUACAUCAUCAUCCAGUUAGAACAACAAGCAUCACCGUCUCGUCGUUUCUAAAUCCCUUCUCUCAAAUAAUCAUUGCCCCAAAUCCCAAGAAAUAAUUUUUAUCAGUCCCAAAUCCCCCAAUUUCAAUUUACUCAAAACCCUAAUUCCCAAUUUAACCCAAUUAAUCUAGAGAUUCUAGACAAAUUCAACGAUUCAUUUUCUCAUAACGUGGAAAUUCAUCGUCACCCCGGUUGAUGGGCACAAUUAGGGUCUUUAAAGACCCUUCAAAACCCUCAAUUACACCCACAACCUCCACCUCUCGCAACGAGACCACAAAUGGGUGGCACCAGUUCAAGAUCAGCGGCUACUCGCUCUCUAAAGGCAUGGGCAUCGGAAAGUACAUAGCUUCCGAUACCUUCUUUGUCGGUGGUUAUGCGUGGGCUGUUUAUUUCUACCCUGACGGCAAGAGCGUUGAAGAUAACGCCGCUUAUGUUUCGCUGUUUAUCGCCCUCGCAAGCGAGGGGACGGACGUUAGAGCGCUGUUUGAGCUCACGCUUUUGGAUCAGAGCGGGAAGGCACGGCACAAGGUUCAUACCCAUUUUGGGAGGACCCUCGAGAGUGGACCCUACGCGCUUAAAUAUCGGGGGAGCAUGUGGGGCUAUAAGCGCUUUUUUAAAAGGACUCUUCUUGAGACAUCAGACUACCUUAAAGAUGACUGCCUCUCAAUUCGCUGCUGUGUUGGUGUAGUUAAGUCAUAUACAGAGGGACCUAAGACUUACACUAUUGCCGUGCCACCUUGUGAUAUCGGUAAGCAUUUUGGGAAGCUUUUAGAAAGCAGUAGGUGUACUGAUGUGAAUUUUGAUGUUGAUGGGGAAAAGUUUUCGGCACACAAAUUGGUUCUUGCUGCACGUUCACCUGUGUUCAGAGCUCAACUUUUUGGUCCACUGAAGGAUCAAAACACUCAAUGCAUUAAUGUUGAAGACAUGGAAGCCCCAGUAUUUAAGGCAUUACUCCAUUUUAUCUACUGGGAUACACUACCAGACAUGGAAGAGCUUGUGGAUCUAAAUCCAAAAUGGGCUUCUACACUAAUGGCUCAGCAUCUGCUUGCAGCAGCAGAUCGAUAUGCUCUUGAGAGGCUCAAGUUGUUGUGUGAGGCUAAACUUUGUGAGGAUGUUGCCAUAAACACAGUUGCUACCACGUUGGCCUUGGCAGAGCAGCACCACUGUUUCCAACUGAAAGCUGUUUGUCUCAAGUUCACUGCAUUGCCCGAAAAUUUGAAAGCCGUGAUGCAAACAGAUGGAUUUGAAUACCUAAAAGAAAGCUGUUCUUCUGUCCUCACCGAACUGUUGCAGCAUGUGGCGAGAAUUGGUGAGCACUGUGUCAUUGCUUCAGGAUAUGGAAAUGAGACAACAUUAGAUGGCUGUGAUGUGAAUGGGAGGCGGGUGAAGCCGAGGACACAUUGAUUUAGGAAUAACAGAUAGGUCUUUCUUUCUCAAGAAGAAUAAUAAUAAUUGAAAAGAAAAGGAAAAAAAAAAAAAAAAAGAGCUUGUUAGGUUAAAACAUUUUUGGAUCAUACUAACAGUUGACAAUUCAUUUGAUAAAUUUAAUAUUAGUGGUUCAUUAAUUUGUUCUAUAGUUUGUGAACAGCUGAGUGUCAGUUAAGAUUGGUGAAAUUACUUGUAAGUUGUUAAAGCAAUGAGUGUAUGUAAUUACAGAUUUGCAUGCGGGGAU